AAAGCACGUUUGCGUGAUGGUUGCGAGGGGGGGGCGGCUCGCUGUCGCUCGCUCUUUCCAAAAGCAACAGUGAGCGUCGGGCUGGUGGUUCGACGAUGCAGCCGAAGGUGACCCCAGCGCGAGAGAGAAUAUGACGAUGGAGCCGUCGGCAUCGUCGCCCGGAGUCAGCAGCCUCGACGGCACGCUGAUGAGCGCGGCGGACCGCGAGGCGCUGCGGCUGGCCAUCGAGGGCAACUACUGCACGGUUGUGCGCGGCUCGACUGGCUGCGGCAAGACGACGCAGCUGCCGCAGCUGCUGCUCGCCGCGGGCUUCGGGCCGGUCUGCGUGACGCAGCCGCGCCGGAUGGCGGCGAUCGCUGCCGCGCGGCGGGUCGCGCAGGAGCGCGGCGGCGAGGUGGGCGGCGAGGUCGGCUACGCCAUUCGCUUUGAGCAAGAGUGCGGGCCGUCGACGCAGAUCAAGUUCGUCACGGACGGCGUGCUGCUGCGCGAGGCGGUCCGCGACCAGGCGCUGUCGCACUACGGCGCGGUCGUCCUCGACGAGGCGCACGAGCGCUCGAUCAACACGGACGUGCUCCUCACCGUCGCCAAGCAGAUCCUCUCCGGGUUGCAGGGCGGGGAGGCAGCGGGCGAGGGGGCGGGCGAGGCGGCGGGGAGGGCGCGCGGGCCGCGCCGCCUCGUCGUUGCCUCGGCGACGUUGGACGCGGCCCGCUUUAGCCGCUUCUUCCGCGACGCUCCGGUCGUCGAGGUGCACCACGUCGCCAAGCCGCUCACCUCGGACGGCGCGCGGCUCGAGGCGGCGCUCGAGGUGCACCCGCUGCACGCCUCGCUCCCCUCGGCGGACCAGGCGCGCGUCUUUCGGCCGCCGCCGCCGCGCACGCGCCGGCUCAUCCUCGCGACAAACAUCGCCGAGACGUCGCUCACGCUGCCGGGCGUGCGCACCGUCAUCGACGCCGGCGUCGCCAAGGAGAAGCGGUACGAGCGCGACCGCGGCAUGGAGGUCCUGUCGGUAGUCCCGAUCUCGCAGAGCAACGCGGUGCAGCGCGCCGGCCGCGCCGGCCGCACGGCGGCGGGCGAGGUGUGGCGGCUGUACAGCGAGGAUCAGCUUGCGGGGAUGGCCUCCGAGCCCCAGCCCGAGAUCCGGCGGUCCAACCUCGCCAAUGUGGUCCUCUCGCUCAAGGAGAUGGGGGCGCUCGACUGGCUCGACCCGCCCGAGCCGGAGGCGGUGCACGCGGCGCUGAGGCAGCUCUUCCUGCUCGGCGCGCUCGACGGGCGCGGCGAGCUCACCGCCGCCGGCGCGGCGAUGGCGCAGCUGCCGCUCGAGCCGUCGCUCUCAAAGACGAUGCUCACCGCGGCGGCGCUCGGCUGCCGCGACGAGGCGGCGAGCGUGUGUGCGCUCGUCUGCGGCGAGGAGGUCUUUUGCCGCGCGGGUCCGCCGUGGCUGCGCGAGGCUGCGGCCGAGUCGCGGCUGCACUACGAGAGCGCCGACGGCGACCACAUGACGCUGCUCUCCGCGUACGAGGAUUGGGCGCUCGUCCCGCACUACCAGCGCGAGGCGUGGUGCGCAGAGCGGGGUCUGCAGGGCCGCGCGCUGCGGGCGGCGCACAGCGUGCGCACCCAGAUCCUCAGCCUGCUCUCCAAGUCCGGCCCUCGCGGCGGCGGGGAGGAGGCGACGGCGGCCCACUCCGCGGCCGAGGCGCGCGCGCGCUGCCGCCGCGCCAUCUGCGCGGGCCACUUUAUGCACGCGGCGCGGCGGGCGCACGCCGUCCGCGCCUUUGUCACGCUUGGUGAGCCGCCGCAGACGGUGCAGGCGCGGGCGGGCAACGAGCAGCUGCUGAGCAGCGCGACGCACGUCGUCUUCAGCGAGCUCGCGUGGGUGGGCCGGCUGGUCAUGCAGCACGCGUGCGCCGUCGAGCCAGCGUGGCUGCAGGAGCUCACGCCGCGGCUGGCCGAGGCGAAGCGGGUGCUCCGGCUCGGCGGCGUGGGGGGGCACUGGCGCGGCGACGGGGAGGUCGGCGCGGGGGCGGAGGCGGGCGGAGGCGGAGGCGGGCGGCCCGCCGGCGACGAGUCGGGGCCGCCCGGCCCGGCCGCGGCGCGGCGCAACAACGACGCCACCGUGGCCGCGGCGAGGUUGCGGCUGGAGGAGCGGAGGAAGCGCGCGCGGUUGCCGUAAAGAGUGGGCGCGUUGUUGUUGGCGUGGGAAAUCUCACAGCCCGGUGUGAACACGAUUUGAAGGUAUCC